GAUAUUUCGGAUUUCACUUAAAAUUAAAGGAGAAUUACAAAAUGGUCUACUCAAUCUUUUUACUUACUCUCCACACAAAUUCAGUUUUUCCGCUUUGUCUGAAAUUAGUACUCUAGCCAUGGCCGUCUGUAACUGCUUCCUCCAAGCUCCACCACUCUCUCGCUUAUUCUUACCGGUUUUAUCUCGCCGAGCUACUACUCUCUCCGUCGGUUAUGGUCGGCUCAAAUCCACCUUCAUGUUCUGCUCUACUGGGAACCGGACCAGUCCUCUGAUAUCUCCGGUUCGCGCUGAAGUAAAGCGCGUUUCGCGUAAAGACGAUCAAGUAGCUUCAGCUUCUGAUCUUCAAUUUGAGACUCCUUUGAGGAUUGUUGAGUAUCCAGAUCCUAUACUACGGGCUAAGAACAAGAUGAUUGGUGUUUUCGACGAGAAUUUGAAGAACUUGGUUGAUGCUAUGUUUGAUGUUAUGUACAAAACUGAUGGCAUUGGGCUCUCAGCACCACAAGUAGGUCUCAAUGUUCAACUCAUGGUGUUUAAUCCAGCUGGGGAGCCUGGUGAAGGAGAAGAAAUUGUUCUUGUUAAUCCGAUUAUCAAGAAAUAUUCCGAUAAGUUAGUACCGUUUGAUGAAGGAUGCCUAUCCUUCCCCGGGAUCUAUGCUGAAGUAGUUCGACCACAAUCUGUCAAGAUUGAUGCAAGGGACAUUACUGGAGAAAGAUUUUCAAUCAGUCUAUCACGUUUACCUGCACGAAUCUUUCAGCACGAAUAUGACCAUCUGGAGGGUGUUCUCUUCUUCGACAGAAUGACGGAUCAAGUUCUUGAUAGCAUUCGUGAAGAGCUAGAGGCCCUAGAAAAGAAGUACGAAGAAAAAACUGGAUUGCCAAGCCCUGAAAAAAUACAAGCACGACAAAAAAGGAAAGCAGGAGUUGGUUUUGGCAAACGUUGAUGAGACAUUCUCGCUCAAAUCCUUUCAUCUUCGUGAUUUAACUAUGGUAUAGGAAGCAGACAAUGACAAGAAACACGUUUGCUUUUCUAAAUUUAGAGGAGCACAUCACAUUAUGUGAUUCAAAUCUCCCAAAUAGGAUGUACGGUUGAGACACAGAUCAUAUAUUUCAGAAUCCUUUUUUGGUCUUGAGUAUUAUAUUUAUUCAGAUUGUUUGUUUUGCGCUGUUAUCUAAUGUUGGCCUCUUAGCUUGAGCUUUGGAACUGCGUUUAGAAUGUUCUUGCUGAGUAAGUUGAACCGUGUCGUGGUUUAUCCUUUGUUACAAAGUAAAAUGCGUUAAUUGUU